AUGGCCGCAUCGCCUGCCACCGGCUACCUGCUGGACGCUGCCAGCGCCGGCUCGGGCCUGGCGAUCGCCCUCGCCCCGUCGUUCGCGAUGUCCGCCACUUACCUGGCGAUGGCCGACAGCCUUGGCCUGGCCAUGCAGAACGCAGUGGCCAACCAGCAACGCGGCCAGGUCACCGCCGGCGCCAGCCUGGCCCAGAUCGUCGACAGCGUCAGUGCCGCCUCGACCCUGCUGGUGGCCCAGGGGCCGGCGCAGUCCUUCAGCAUGCUCGACAUGGUCAUGCUGGAGACGCUGGGCACGGCCAUGCACAACGCGGUUGCGCGCCAGCAGGGCGCGGGCAUGGUCAGCAACGCCGCGGUCACCGCCGCCUGCGCGAAGAUGAUCAAUGCCCCCUGGCCGGUGCCACCGCCGCCUCCGCUUCCCCCGCCGCCGCCACCGCCGCAGGUCAUUCCCCUGCCAGGGCCGGUGCCGGCGCCGCCUUCGCCCGCGGCGGUGAUCGCCGCGGCUACCGCAGAAGGAAAGACCGCCAUCAGCGUCCUGCAGGCACAGACCCACGGUGCCACUGCCGACGCUGCGGCCGCCACCGCCAGCCUGCACACGCUCGAACAGCUUGCAGGCGACGGCGCGGCGCCCGCGCCCGGACCUGCGCCCGACUCCACGCCCGGUCCGGAACCGGCAGCGGGUCCCGCCCACGACCCCGCGCCAGACUCCCCCUCCACCGCGGCCGCCGGCGGCACCGACGCCACGCCGUGA